GUGGGGUUUCCAGCCCUUUAAACAACCCGGUUGCCUGUUAUCAAGCUGUUUGCUCUGAGUGCCAGAAUUGAUUGUGGUAGGACAUCUUUCACUGAGAAAUAAAUAAAAUGGAGCAUAACGGGUCUGCUUCAAAUGCUGAUAAAAUCCAUCAGAAUCGCUUGUCCAGUGUUACAGAAGACGAAGACCAAGAUGCAGCUCUCACCAUUGUGACUGUGCUGGACAAAGUAGCUUCCAUUGUGGACAGUGUUCAGGCAAGCCAGAAGAGAAUAGAAGAGAGACACAGGGAAAUGGAAGACGCAAUAAAAUCUGUCCAGAUUGACCUGCUGAAGUUCUCAAAGUCACACAGCAACACAAGUUAUAUCGUUAACAAGUUGUUUGAGAAAACCCGAAAAGUCAGUGCUCACAUUAAAGACGUGAAGGCCCGCGUGGAGAAGCAACAAAUACAUGUUACAAAAGUUGAAUCCAAGCAAGAGGAAAUAAUGAAGAAAAAUAAAUUCCGUGUGGUAAUAUUUCAGGAGAAGAUUCCGUGUCCGACGUCCCUAUCUAUUGUUAAAGACCAGAGCCUAACUGAGAAUCAGGAGGAGGAGGAGGAGGAGGAUGUCUUUGACCCUCCCAUUGAUCUCUCCUCUGAUGAAGAGUAUUAUGUUGAAGAAAGCAAAUCUGCUAGGCUUAGAAAGUCAGGCAAGGAGCGGAUUGAUAAUAUCAAAAAAGCGUUUUCCAAAGAGAACAUGCAGAAGACACGGCAGAAUUUUGACAAGAAAGUAAACAGAAUUAGAACUAGAAUAGUGACCCCUGAGAGGAGAGAGAGGCUUCGGCAGUCAGGGGAGAGGCUUCGGCAGUCUGGUGAAAGAUUUAAGAAAUCCUUGUCUAACGCAACUCCCUCAAGGGAAGCUUUUAAGAUGCGUAAUCUUAGAAAACCUAAAGACCGAACUGUGGCUGAAGGCCAGGAGGGCAUCCAGGAGCUGGGCGUGGACAUCGUGGCCAGGAGCGAGUCUCUGGGCCCCAUCAGUGAGUUCUACCAGGAUGAGCCCAGUGAAACAGAACGUGACCAGGCCACAGCGGCAUAUCCUUCCCACGAAGGAGGGGAAAUCCCGACCCCUGAGCCUUUAAAAGUUACUUUUAAACCUCGGGUGAAAGUAGCGGAUGAUGAAUCUCUUUUGCUAGAUUUAAAGCAGUCAGCAUAAAGAGGAAUUGAGUAUAUCUUGAGUAUAAAUCUGCUUAGUCGUGCAGUUCU